UAAAAUAGAAACAUUGGACUAGAUCUUGACAGCUCUUUUUCAAGUCUGAUGUAUGGCGACUGGGAAACGAGAGGAUGGCCCGAAACCAACGAGUAAAGGUCAGGGAAGAGGACAUUGACUAGCCGAUUCGUAGUUGUUGCAAGGAUGUCUUUUAGCGUAAGUUUUAGGACGUCGCGAUGAGUACCCGGGGGUUGAGUGCCAGCAGCUGUUUAUUACGGAACAGAAAAACCUAGAGCAGCCUGUACAUCAGCAUUGCUCACAGCGUGAAAUUCUUUUCACCACAACGACAGAUAACUGGGCAACUCGGGAGUUCAUUUUUUUUUGUACAGAUGCCAGGGCACUUGCUGUCGUAAGUUGACCAGUACGCAGUACCACAACCACCGAGAUGACUGCACCACCCGGGAUCCUAGAGAGGACCGGAAGUGGAGGCAGGUCCUCUGCCCCGGCCGGAACGUGCCUAGUUUUGCGGCGAGCGUGCCUGUGCAGUGGCGAAUUGUGCCCGGAAGUGUUGCCCUCGGCUCACUUCUCCGGCUUGGCCUAGAGUGGGUGUGCACUCCGAAGUGGAAGCUGCGGCCAGGGAAGAGGGCGUGUGCGCGGCGACAACCUGACCUCCGCUGCAGGCAGCUCGUGGUGUGGGAAGAGCCCCUCUCGGUCUUCGUCGCCCCGGCCCAGGCUACGGUCUUCAGAGCGACCCUCUUUUCGUUUCCUUGCCUGGGCUGGUAUACCCAGCCCGUAUUUAGGGCCAGCGUGUUCUUGGUAACCUCAGUUUUCUGUCUCGCAAGUUACUUGCUGAGCUGUUUGUGACCCUGCAGUUUUAGGGAGUAGUUAGUCCUGUGCUCACUCUUUCCGGUCUUCUUGUCAGAGGAUGAUUUCACUUCGUUGAAUAACUCUUGUAACAGCCCUGUGUUCGCACGGAAACAAGUCCUUUUUCACUGCCACUAAAAUUUUUCGGUGUUAGUAGUGUUUCUUAUAGCGAAAACUUUCCUGACCAAGGGGGGAAAAACUCAAGUAAAGUCAUCCGUUUGUCUAAAUCCUGACUGGAGGGUACCUUCCUCUGAGCUAAGCUCGGGAUGGCGACAGCCUCUGGGGCCCUCCCUGCCUUGAGUGGCCAGGCUUCAGAGGAACAAGAGGAGAUUAUCAAAGUAAGGGUUAAGGAGGAAGACCAUAUUUGGGAUCAGGGAUCCUGCCUACAGAGAAACUUGUCUCAUAUCCGAGAAUUCUCUCGUCAGCGCUUCAGGCAGUUCUGCUAUCAGGAGACACCUGGACCCAGGGAGGCCCUGAGUCAACUCCGGAAACUUUGCUAUCAGUGGCUGAGCCCAGAGAUACACACCAAGGAACAGAUCCUGGAAUUGUUGGUGCUGGAGCAGUUUCUGACCAUCCUGCCUGAGGAGCUCCAGGCUUGGGUGCGCGAGCAUAACCCUGAGAGUGGAGAGGAGGCGGUGACUGUGUUGGAAGAUUUGGAGAGGGAGCUCGAUGAACCCAGACAGCAGGUUCCACCAGGCACGUAUGGGCAGGAAGUUCCUAUGGAAGAAAUGACCCCUCUGGAUAUUGCAAAGAAGUCCUUAGGUACCCAGCUCUAUCCUGUGGUGGACAGAAUGGGAUGUGACUGUCGAGAGCCAUAUCUGCUGCAAGAUAAUGGGUCGUUUUCGUGGCUUUCUAUGAUGUCCCAGAGUGUGGGUGACAAUAACCUCAGUGGCUUAGAUGCUAAUGAAGCAGAAAUUGAACCAGAGAACAUGAGAGAAAAAUUCUUCAGAAGCUUAGCAGUGUUACUGGAAAACAAAAGUAAUAACCCUAAGAUAUUUUCUAAAGCAAAGUAUUGUCAGUUGAUAAGGGAAGUGAAAGAGGCUAAAGCUAAGGCAAAAAAGGAAUCACUUGACUACCGUCGCUUGGCUAGAUUUGAUGUGAUCCUUGUCCAAGGAAAUGAGAAACUGAUUGAGGCUGUAAAUGGAGAAACAGAUAAAAUACGGUAUUAUUUACCCAGUGAGGACUUAUUUGACAUUUUGCAUGAUACACAUCUCAGUAUUGGACAUGGAGGACGCACCCGCAUGGAAAAAGAAUUGCAAGCGAAAUACAAGAACAUCACAAAAGAAGUUAUCAUGCUAUACCUGACACUCUGCAAACCAUGCCAACAGAAAAAUCCAAAACCCAAGAAAGUUCUAACAUUACAGCCAAUUAAGGAAGUUAACUCAAGAUGCCAAGUGGAUCUUAUAGACAUGCAGUUGAAUCCUGAUGGAGAGUGUGAUGGUUAAUGUUAUGUGUCAACUUGGCUAUGCCAUGAUUCCCAGUAUUGUGUGGUUGUCCUCCAUUUUGUGAUCUGAUACAAUUAUCCUCCAUUUUAUGUGCUGUAAAUCCUAACUAAUAUAUGUUAAUAAGGCAGGAUUAGUGUGGGCUGUAUCUUGAGUCCCAUCCUUAUGCAAGUCAUGCCCUUACUCCAGUCACAACCUUACUCACACCCUUACUCUGAUGUAAGGAGAGUUUCCUUGGGGAGUAGCCUGCAUCCAAUAUAUAUAUAUGGAUGCUCUGGCAAGGCUCUCCCUUGCUCUCGAUCCUGCAUCUGGCUCAUCACCAUCUGACCGCCAGUUCUCGGGACUUGAACUAGCAGCCCGCCAUCUGACCUGCUGAUUUUGUGACUUACCAGCUUCCAGAGCCCUGUGAGCCAGCAGCCUGCCAUCUGACCUGCAGAUUUUGUGAUUCACCAGCUUCCAGAGCCCUGUGAGCCAACAGUCUACCAUCUGACCUACCGAUUGUGGGUUCCUUAGCCCCUACGACUACGUGAGUCAGGAGAAGCCUCCAGCCUGACACCUGACCUGCAGAUUUGGGACUUGCCAGCCUCCACAACCACAUGAGCCAUUUCCUUGAGAUAAAUUUCUCUCUCUAUAUAUAUAUAUGUAUAUACUUUACUGGUUUUACUUCUCCAGAGAAUCUAGCCUAAGACAGGGAGUGUAAAUUUAUUGUGCAUAAUUAAGACCUCCAUACGCAGUUAAGUUUUUUUAGGUCAUUAAAAUGUAAAAGGCCCAAGGAAGUUGCACAUGCUUUUUUAGAUGUUUUUACAAUCAUUAGAACACCUAGUGUUUUACAGUCUGACAAUGGAAGGAAGUUUUCAAGCCAGAUUGUUAGUGAACUCAGUAAUUUAACUUUUUUUGUUGUUAAUUGUGCUUUAAGGGAAAAUUUAUAGCUCAAGUUAGUUUCUCAUACAAAAAUUUAUACACACAUUGUUAUGUGACCCUAGUUGCUCUCUCUAUAAUGUGACAGCAUAUUCCUCCUUUCCACCCUAUAUUUCCUGUUCCCAUUCAACCAGCUCCUGUCCCUUUCUGCUUUCUCAUCUCACCUCUGGACAGGAGCUGCCCAUCUAGUCUCUUGUAUCUACUUGAACUAAGAUGCACACUCUUCAUGAGUAUCAUUUUAUGUCUUAUAGUUCAGCCUAAUCUUUGUCUGAAGAGUUGGCUUUGGGGGUGGUUUUAGUUCUGGGUGAACACAGAAUCCAGGAGCCAUGUCUUCUGGGGUUCCUUCAGUCUCAGACCAUUAAGUCUGUUCUUUUUACUAGAAUUUGAGUUCUGUACCCCACGUUUCUCAAAUUCAGUAAUAUUUGGCCAGAGUUGAAAUUUGUCCAUGGAACUCCUUGGACCUGCCAACAUGAAAAUUCUAUAGAAAAAACUAAUGUGGAUAUCCAAAAUAGGUUUAUCUCCUGGAUGGAAGCUAGCAACUCAUCACACUAGGCUGAAUUUUUGUGGUUCAUUCAGAUGACCCAAAAUCAGCCCUAUCACAGAGACAUGUAGCAGACUCCAAGUGAAGGUACAUUUAGUCUUGAAGCAAAACCAAGCUUAUCUCAUUCUCAGUUAACUGAAGAAUUUGUGGCCAGCCUGAACAAAGAAAAUGAAUUAGAACAAGCUGACAAAGAGCUAGAAAAUACUCUUAAGAGCACAGUAUGAAGGAAACAUUGAGACUGGAACAGAUAGUGCUAUUGAAGAGAACCUUCAAAGACCCCUCCUGAAAGUAGACCAAGAUCUUUAUCUAGUUUGUGAAAAAGAAUGCACAGGUGCUAAUAGUUGUAUACCAUGUGAUGGAAAUGUCCAUGCAAUCUGUGGAGUGCCUGCUCAAAGUGAGACUGAUGGCUAUGGCCACAGAAUAAUUUGUAGUCUUUAUUAUGAGACCACUACAGUAGAAAGGAAACAUGAUUAAACUCAAAGAAAUUUGGCUGUUCAACCAUCCAAAAUGCUAAAACCUUCAGAGACACUGUUUUCAUCAAAGAAGGAGAUUGAGUAAGAGUUUGAGUAUCUGCGAUAGAUCAAAGAAGGGGAAGGGCCUCAUUACACUUUACUGUGAUCAUAAUGAGAGAAUUACUGGUACAAGCUUGACGUGGCAUACUAAAGCACAAUAUGUCCACCUUGAAUACAUUCUCUCCAAAGAAAGACUAUUUUGGAUGCCUUUUUUUCCCCCAUGUUGGAAAUUAUAACCUUGAAGCCUAUCUUAUUUGUUGUUCUGGGGUGAUGAACAGUAGCUCUUUUACUCCAUCUGUUAGGGUAAUGAGAAAGCUAAGAUCCAUGGAUAAAUGAUGUGUUGAUUGUAUGUUUCCACAAAAGAGUGAAUUUUGGAACAGAUGAAUUUAUUUUUACUGUACUUCAAUUGUGCAUGAAUUUGGAUAGUGAGGUAAGCUGAGAAAGGGCAUUUUAGGUCACGUAAAGAAAUAUUUAGCAGGGCGUGGGGAGGUGAAAAUUUGGCUGGGUGGUAUGCGCUCAUUUGAAUAAAUAUUCAUUUGGGUAAACACCUAGGAACAUGAUUGCUAGCUUUUAUGGUAAGCUUAUAUUUAACUUUUUAAGAAACUGCCAAAUUGUCUUCCAAAGUGGCUGUACCAUUUUGCAUUCUCACCAGCAAUGAAUGAGAGAGUUCCUGUUGCCUCACACCCUUACCAGCAUUUGAUGUCGUCAGUGUUUUGAAAUUUAACCAUUCUAAUAACUGCGUCUACAUGUGAAAGCUGGACAUUGAAUAAGGAAGACCGAAGAAGAAUUGAUGUCUGUCAUGGAUUGAAUUGUGUCCUCCCAAAGAUAUGUGUCAGUUUGGUUAGGUCAUGAUUCCCAGUAUUGUGUGGUUAUCCUCCAUUUUGUGAUUGUAGUUUUAUGUUGAGAGGACUGAGGUGGGAUUUUAACACCACCCUUAAUCAGAUUGCCUCCCUGAUCCAGUGUAAAGGGAGUUUCCCUGGGGUGUGGCCUGCACCACUUUUAUCUCUGAAAAGAUGGGAAGAUUGAGGACAAGGACCUUCUUUCACAGCCGACAGAGAGAGAAAGCCUCUUGGAGCCAACGCUCUGAAUUGGGACUUGUAACCUACUAGACUGUGAGAAAAUAAAUUUCUCCUUGCUAAAGCUAUCCACUUGUGGCAUUUCUGUUAUGGCAGCACUAGAUGACUAAGACAAUGUCUUUGAAUAUGGUGUUGACGAAGAAUAUUGAAUAUACCGUGGAAUUCCAGAAGAAUGAACAAGUCUGUCUUGGAAGAAGUAUAGCCAGGGUGCUUUUUUGGAGGCAAGGAUGCUAAGACUUUGUCUCACAUACUUUGGACAUGUUAUCAAGAGGAACCAGUCCCUGGAGAAGGACAUCAUGCUUGGUAAGGUAGAGGGUCAAUGAAAAAGAGGAAGACCCUCGACAAGAUGAAUUGACACUGUCUGCAACAAUGGGCUCAAGAAUAGCAACGACUGUGAGGAUGACGCAGGACUGUGCGGUGUUUUAUUCUGUUGUGCAUCGUGUGCCUAUGAGUUGGAAAUGGCUCGACAGCAGCUAACAACAAUAAUAACUGUAGUGGUAUCUCAUGGUUGUUUUAAUUUGCAACUCCUUAAUGGCACGUGAUGUAGAGAAUCUUGUUUGUGUGCCUAUUUGCCAUUCAUAUAUCUCCUUUGAUGAAGUGUCUGUGUAGAUCUUUCACUCAUUUUUUAAUUCGGUGGUUUGUUUUCUUACUGUUGAGUUUUAGGAGCUCUUUGUAUAUCUUGCAUACAAGUACCUUAUCAGGUACAUGUUUUACAAAUAUUUUCUCCCAGUCUGUGGCUUGUGUUUGCAUUCUCUUAACCAUGUCUUUCACAGAGCAGAAGUUUUUAAUUUUAAUAAAGUCAAAUUUACCAAG